AGCAAGUGACGCCAUUAGAAGACAAUCUAAAGAUUUUUAUGCCGUGCCAAAAUCAAACUCAUAAAAAAUUCUGAUUUCAUUGAUUUUUAUUUUUUUGUUUUUGUCAUUCUUUCUUGUAUGAAUCAACAAAGAAAAGUUUUGGAAAUGGACGCCGUUAAGUGAAUGAACUCCAGCAGAAAAGUCCGUCACCGUCAAAUCAGCUUCCUAGUUCUGUCAAGAUAACGGCACUGUCAUUCUUCAAUCUCUCCCAAGCAGUAAAAUCUACCUUAAACGCGUUGACAAAGUUCAAUUGUUGUCCUUUUGGGAAGCUCCAGGCUCCACUGGCUCCUUUUCACCUGAUCCUGCUAUUUUUUGUGAUCUUCUUUCUCUUUUUAGUAAUUCAGUCAUAACCCUGUAUAAGGUACUUUGUUUUCUUGAUCUUUUGCAUUUUCCAUUGCUGAUUACGAAUAUAUUUCUAGAUUCAAGAACCUCAUUGAUAUCUUCUAUUUUCCCAUGAUCAAUUUGAUAUAUUUCCUCUAGAAUAUCUAUCUUUUGCAAUUUAACCCCCCCCCCCCUUCCUCCGGUAGGGGUAAGGAAGCUUGUUUCUUUUUAUGGUGUGUUGAAUUAGGUGAAAUUCAGGAUCUUGGACAGACCCUCUUGAUUUGUUGGUUAGGUUUGAUCAGUUUGUAUGUUAAUGUACACGAAAGAAUUAAGAAUAGUGUAAUCUGGUACUGUAUAUUAAUGGAUCAGUAUAAUAAUUCACCUUCUUACCCAUAUAACAAUGCUUAUGGGUACCCUCCUCAUGUUCCACCACCUUCAAAUCAACCCUACCCCCCUCCCAGUUCAGGUGCAUAUCCUCCUCCUGGUUCUGGUCCAUACUCAUAUCCUCAUCAAUCCCCUCAUUAUCCUCCCCCUUACAGCACUCAACAUUCUGGUCACUAUAACUAUCAUCCCUAUCCACCAGCUCCAACAGCACCUCCGGCGCCCGCUCACCACCACUCCAGCUCUUUAGACUAUGGUUAUCCUCCACCACCACAUGGUGUUGCUCCUGCCUAUCCACCCCACGCAUAUCCGCCUCCUGCAACAUCUUCUCCUAUGCCUGCUCUUGAACAGCAAAGCAGUUUUCAAUAUGCUGCACCUCUGCAUUAUCCACAUUCCUGGCCAGAAAGGCCUUUGGAGAGCCAACCAUCCAAAGUUCACGACUCUCUCCAACGCCAAGAUAGUGUUUCAUCUGUUAGUAGUUCUGGGGCAAGCUAUGAUCAUGGUAGAGAUGACUCCUCCACUCGCCCUUCAGCUUAUCCACCAAUCCAUGAUCUCUUAGCAAAGGUGAAUUUGACUGAAAAUCACCCUUCUGCCCCUGCUUCUCCUCCUGCUCCGGCAUCGGCAUCGGCAUCAUAUCACUCGGGGCCAAACCCUGUUCCCUCAAACUACAAUGCUCAAGGGACUAUCUAUGGCCACCCUAAUUCCUUUUCAAGGUGGGAAACGGAGUCUCCAAAACCAACCUAUCCAACUUCUUGUGCUGAACCACAGAAUACUCAGGCUAUGCAGGUUGUGCCAUUCUCGUCUUCUAAAAAAAACUUAAAAGUUUUGCUCUUACACGGUAAUCUGGAUAUUUGGGUAUACGAAGCAAAAAAUCUCCCGAACAUGGACAUGUUCCACAAAACCAUUGGGGAUAUGUUUGGGCAAAUGAGUAAUAAGAUCACAAGUGAUCCGUACGUCUCAAUUACUGUAGCUGAUGCAGUGAUUGGGAGGACUUAUGUCAUAAGCAAUAAUGAAAAUCCCGUGUGGAUGCAACAUUUUAAUGUCCCUGUUGCACACUAUGCUGCCGAGGUACAAUUUCUUGUCAAGGACGAUGAUAUAGUCGGUUCUCAGCUUAUGGGGACAGUGGCUGUCCCACUAGAACAGAUAUAUGGAGGGGGUAAAAUAGAGGGGUCCUUUCCAAUCCUAAACAGUAGCGGAAGACCUUGCAAGGCUGGAGCUGUUUUGAGUAUAUCAGUCCAAUAUUACCCAAUUGAUAAAUUAAGUGUUUACCAUCAUGGAGUUGGUGCUGGUCCUGAGUAUUAUGGGGUUCCUGGAACGUACUUCCCACUGAGGAUGGGUGGAACAGUUACUCUGUAUCAAGAUGCUCAUGUUCCUGAUGGAAGCCUACCAAAUUUGAUGCUCGACUUUGGAAUGCAAUAUGUACAUGGAAAGUGCUGGCGUGACAUUUGUAAUGCCAUACGCCAAGCCCGACGGUUGAUCUACAUUACAGGUUGGUCAGUAUGGCACAAAGUCAGACUUGUUAGAGAUGAUGCUUCUCUUGACAAGUACACUCUAGGGGAUCUUUUGAAGUCAAAGUCACAAGAAGGUGUUAGAGUGCUGCUUCUUGUAUGGGAUGACCCUACAUCAAGAAGCAUCCUUGGCUAUAAGACGGAUGGCGUUAUGGCAACCCAUGAUGAAGAGACUCGUAGUUUUUUUAAACACUCUUCCGUAAAAGUGCUGCUUUGUCCUCGAGUGGCAGGGAAGCGUCACAGUUGGGUCAAGCAGAGGGAAGUUGGAGUAAUUUAUACACAUCACCAGAAGACGGUAAUAGUGGAUGCUGAUGCUGGCAACAAUCGAAGAAAAAUCAUAGCAUUUGUUGGAGGACUUGAUUUAUGUGAUGGACGAUAUGAUACACCAGAGCAUCCUCUAUUUCGAACACUGCAGACAGUGCACUCUGAUGACUAUCAUAACCCUACUUAUGCUGGGAGUGUAGCUGGUUGUCCAAGAGAACCAUGGCAUGACCUGCACAGUAAAAUUGAUGGGCCAGCAGCAUAUGAUGUUCUCACAAACUUCGAGGAGCGCUGGUUGAAGGCUUCAAAGCCUCAUGGCAUUAAAAAGUUGAAGACAUCGUAUGAUGAUGCUUUGCUCCGAAUUGAAAGAAUGCCUGAAAUUCUUGGUAUUUCUGAUGCUCCAUCUGUGAGCGGCGAUGACCCUAACGGUUGGCAUGUACAGAUUUUUCGUUCAAUUGAUUCAAAUUCAGUCAAAGGCUUUCCAAAGGAUCCCAAAGAAGCUACAAUGAAGAACCUGGUCUGUGGGAAAAAUGUACUUAUUGACAUGAGCAUACACACAGCAUAUGUGAAGGCCAUUCGUGCUGCACAACAUUUCAUUUACAUUGAAAAUCAAUAUUUUAUUGGUUCCUCGUUCAAUUGGAGUCAGCAUAAAGAUAUUGGUAAGAAGAUAUUUUCAUGCUAUGUAUAGAAAUAUUAUCGAUGU